UGUCCGGAGUUUUUAUAUUUGGGCGGGCGAAUUAAACUAGAAAGAAAAAGACAAACCAAAAUAAGAUGGAUCUGAUAUCUGCGUUGCAGUUUCUUAGGUUAAACGAUAUCCCAGAAGCCUGGGUGGACGCGGUGUGGGACGUGGAGUUUACUGAAAGGAAACCACUGGAUAAAACUAUAGAGGAGGAACUUACAGCCAGGCAAGAGAAGUCUUUCACAGCCCUCUACCAGUGUUUACUGGCCCAUGCUGAUCAGAAGCUAUCUGGACACACUCAGGCUACGAUUCACACGAGCUGGACAAUAAAAGAUGUUUGCUUGGGUAAGAGGUGUGAGUGUGUCUGGCUCUCUCUAUUGUUGUUUCCAGGGAGCAUUUCCAACAAGGUUUUUCAUGAAGUUUUGUUGGACACAUGUCUGGACCUGACCCGUCACUGCUGGCCUCAGGAUUCUGAAAAGAAACGCAAAAAAGACCUGAAGAGUUCUCAGACGGAGGGAAAACGCUCCCGACCACAGAGGAAAGACGGUCCAGAGAUGGAAAUGGAGGAGGAGGAUGAGGAGGAAGAGGAAGUUCAUCUUUCUGGACAGGACCUGAUGAGGAUCAGAGAUGCUGUAGCUCUCCUGGUUCAAAGCUUACUGAGACUUCUGCAGACACUUCCACUUAAAGCCAGUCCUCAGACCCUGAUCCACUGUAUGCAGAUCUUCAGUAACCUGCUUUACUUUGAACCCACCACUGGCAAACCAGUUUUUGCUGCUGAACAAGACAUCACGAAACUAAGGAGCGUUCCAGAGAUGGCUUUCUACGGCCUACAGCUGCUUUGCUUGCCAAAACAUGGAGACCAGAAAGAAUCCUUGAGGAGGGUGUUCCACCAGCUCCUCUACGUGAUUUUGAUGAUGAAGAAGGGCAACACCGGGAAGCCGUCCCUCCUCGUACCGAGCCAGACCAUCCUCGCUACUCGUGACCAGGCCGUCCAGUUUGUCUGUCAUCUUGUGGACGAGCUGAAGGAGCUGGCACUGCCUUUCCUGCAAAUCCUCCUACAGCACAUCUGCUUCCAGAUGGUUGAAAAGAAUGAGUAUCGAAGCCACGGAGCUCAGGCUGUGGGUAUGCUGACGUCUCAGAUGGCAGGUGAAGACUAUGCUCGCUUCAUUAAGUGGCUGUGUAACUUCUCCAGAAGCUCAAAGAUGGUGCACCGGCUGUUCUCUGUGGAUGUGGUGAUGGUUUUGCUGGAGCAGCCAGAGAGAAGACCGGAGGAGUGUCGAGAUCCGGAUCUCGUUUGUUUCCUGAUGCACAGCUCCCUUAUCCAGAACCUGCUCUUUGCUCGACGGAUGGACGAAUCUCCCACUGUCCAGGGCCACGCUCUGAACUGCCUGGCUCAGUGCCUGGAGCUGCCUUCGCUCAAUGCCACCAGAGCCAUCCACAACCUCUUCUCUGCCACUGGGACCCAGACGGUGCUGGAAGGUGAAAUCACAGAAGGUAAAGUUUGUUUUUGUUAUAUUUCCUGUACAAAAGAGAAUUUGGCCCUCCUCCUGCGGCGUGUGAAGGAUUCAAAGACUAAUGUGAGGAAAGCAGCAUUGCAGGCCCUGCUGGGCCUCCUGAAACAUGAUGUGAUCCCCGUGAGUUGGGAGAAUCUUCAGACUUUGUCAGAGCGCUGCAGAGACCCAUCUGUGUCUGUGAAGAAGAAGGCCCUGCAGUGUGUGGGGGAGCUGCUCAGUGUUAAACCAGAGUGCAGUGUGGUGCAAAGGGCGUGGCUGCAGGGGGUGGUGCCCGCCGUGGCGGACUCUGAGACCUCGGUGCAGGACAAGGCCCUGGAGGCGCUGGACCAGGUGCUGCUCAGUCAGGUCAAACCGUACUCUGCUGGCUGCCAGCUGGAUGCCAGUCAGAGGCUGAUGUGGGACCUGCUGGGCCUGCUGUGUCACCAGUGCCAGAAGCUCAGUCGUUACUUUAGCAAGGCCUUCACCAUCUGGUCCAAACAGAAGAAGUUCACGCCGUCAUUUAUCUCCAGCCUGAUCUCACAUACUGAGGCUGAUCACGCAGCCGGAGCCUGGCUGCUGCUCUCCAAGGUGGUUUCUUCAUCCUCCAGACUGCCUUAUGGCAAGAUCCUGGACGCCUGGGACAAGAUGGUCAGAUCAAAGGAUGGAAAUGCAACAACAUGCUGUCACAUCCUGUGUGUGAUGGGAGACAUCGCCGUGCAUUUAAAUGAAGAAACAAAGGAAAGGGUCGUCGCUGAUCUGAUGUCUUGGUUGAAGACUUUCACUUUGCCUUUGGAGGUGAUCAGCUCUGCUGUUGAGACUCUUUAUCAGUUUGGCUGCAGUGACGACAUCAAGCAGACUCAGGCUUUUCUGAACCAGCGCUGUGGCGAGUUGGUGUCUGCCUGCGAGGCGUAUUUGUCCAGCGUAAUCCUGACUGACAGUGGAUCUCAGGACCUCGAUGAGGAGCUGAUGCUUCCAUCUUUGACAGAGCGCCACACAGAGCUGCCAGCUUCACUGCCUCUUUCUCAGUUCAAAGCCAACCGGCUGCCUACCAGAGUGAGAGCCCAUGGAGUCAUCACUUUAGGUAAACUGGCCCUGCAGAAUGAAGAACUAGCCCAAAAGUACCUGCCCGUGUUUGCCAGGGAGUUGGAGGUCGGCACCGAGGUUUCAGUACGCAGCAACGUGGUCGUGAUCAUGUGUGAUCUGUGUGUGCGAUACACCAACAUGGUGGAUCACUACAUCCCCAACAUCUCUGCUUGUCUGCGAGACAAAGAAGCUGUCAUCAGAGAGCAGACUGUCAUCAUGCUGACCAACCUGCUGCAGGAAGAAUUUGUGAAAUGGAAAGGCUCCCUCUUCUUUGACUUCAUGGUGGCUCUUGUUGACCCGGUCCCUGCCAUCGCCAGAGAGCGCGUUCACUUCUCCCUAAAAGGAGAACAGUACCGUGAGAAACGCUUUCGAAUCUACUGCUUCCUGUUGGAGCACUUUACAGAUGCUCAGCGCUUCAACGUCACCAACAAGAUCAACCAGACCAUUUUAGCGUGCUUUGCUGAUGAAGAGCUGCCCCUGGAUGCAGAUGGUGCUAACAUUUUGUCAGAGACUUUCAACAUCUUGGGCCUUAAAGAGUUUAAGCUGCAGACCAUCUCUAGUUCAGCAGGCGCUGCUGCAGGGGAGGAAGCAGAGGAGGAGAACAUGGCCACCAUGGCCAAAGCUGUUCUGCAGGCUGCACAGAAGAAAGUGGUGUCACAGGUCAGGAAGAAGGCCUUCACAGAGAACACGGUUCCUCUCAUCAUCAGCCUGAAGAACCUGCUGGAGCAGAAGCGCUCUCCUGUUCUCAGAGAUCUCAUGGGCUACCUGCAGGUGACUCUGCAGGACUACCGCAACGAGGUGAAGGAGAUCUUUUCUGGAGACGAACAGCUGGCAGCUGAAAUGGAGUUUGCUCUGAAAAUAGCAGAAAGGGAGAGAGCGACAGUGGGACAGCUGGACGACGACGGCCUGGCAGGAGAUGGCAACAAGGCCCACGGUUCAGCCCAGCGCUCUCCUGUCAGAUCCACGGCCCUGCUGCCUCUUACCUUCGCCACGCCGCAGCCACCUCGUCCAAACCUCCAGACUGCUAGACUGGCGCUCACUGACCGUGUGCGUGGACCCAGGAGGCAGGAUGAUGUCCAGUCUAAAUCGAUCGCUCUGGAAGGAACAGGUACAGUUCAAGCGGGCAGUAAUGAUCAGAACACUUUAAAAAGUGUCAACAUCAACUUGACCUUUGAUGAAGGACUCAGCGCAAUCCUCAGUGAGCAGGGAACCAGUGACGAGGGCAGCGUCCUUCAUGUGCGAUCCAGUGAAGCCCAAGCUCCUGGACCGAGGCAGUGGAACGUGCAGUCUCCUCUGCGUCUGAGGAAGAGGCUGUAGUGGAUGCGUCACUCAGUUUGUGUGUAUGUGUGGGUUGUCUUUAUCUAAAACAAUAUCCUGUUUGUCACUUUGAGGAUUUUUCACUCUUUGUUUAGCUGAUGUAUUGAUGUACAAUAUGAAAUAAAAGUUCAACAUGUGGUGUUUCACUGA